CCAACCAACGUGACCGCGUUGCGCGCCGCUCGGCUCAAACCGCGUGACACGAACGUCACAGACCGUAUCCAGGAACGAACAGCGGAUUCCGAAACGUGCAAUAAAAAACGAUUGUGAUAAAAUCACGGGAUUUCGCAAAACGAAACGUCUAACGAAGAUCUGCGCGGAGUUGAUAGUAAAAAUUGUCCUUGAAAAGCAAAGAGAGAGUGACGGAGGAUCCUAAGCGUUCUGCGGCACCAGAAGAAUGCAAGGUGUGAUUUUGGGUACAGAGAACAUUUCGCAGUGCUAAAAUCGAUCAAAGUGGACUUUGUGCCUGGUGUCACGAAGACGCAGUUUUUCGAUCAGCACAACUUACUCGAGCAACGUUCGUUGCCCGCCGAUCUUAUCGCUUCGCCGGUCGAACGUUGAAAGAAACUGCGGAAGAGGAUUGAUCAUAUUAGCGUAUAUUACCGCCUUGUGCAACCGGAUACACACGCGUCGCCCCGCGUCAUCGACUCCCGUCGAAAGAGAAAAACACUGCGAUUAUUUGCCUAUCAGCAAUUCCAUAAUUUGAUCGUGAGAAGCAUCGUGAGGAAAAACCGAAGAGAAUAACACUCGAAGAUAAAUAUUCGCGUCUCAUGAAACGGGCGCGUGGAAAACGCGAUCAAAAAACACUUUUUUCUUCACGCGGAAAGAAUUAAUACACUGAAAAGAAAAUCUCGUUGCAUUAAUUGGAAUUCUGGUAGGUUCAACUAAAAAAAGAUACAAAUCGAACAUUGAUAAUUAAAUCUGUCCAACAUUCUAGUCGAGAUAACCCGAAGUUCAAUUACAGAAUCAGAAUUUUUCUUCAUAUGAUAGAAAUUUGUUUUGUACUUCUUGUUGGUACAACCAGAACAAUUUUCUCAGUGUGGUGAGACGUCUGUGUAUUCACCAAAUAAACGAAUUCUAUUGUCAUUUAAAUAAUCCGUAAGCAACGAGUCGAGUUUCCUCACGAUAACUGCGCAACGUGCGCUCUCCGGGACGCCUGGCGUCGCCCCGCCAUUUUUCUCCGGAUAUUUAGCGGAAGUGGCCAAUCUGGUCGCAAUUCCGACGCACUUGCUGAUGCGAUCGCUCAACACGUGACCUCCACGGCACGUAACGACGACGAGCGUCGCGACGCGUCUCGAUCUGUCAAGGGACCAUGCGGAGGUAUCGUUUCGAUUAAGCCAUUCAAGAGUCAUCGAGAAGAUCGAGAGGAGCGAUGAUUAUCGGCAGCUGAACCGCUGAUAGAAAAUCACGCGGAAGCUGAUCGUGUGCGAGGAUCUACGGGGGGGGAGGGGGUUAUUAUGUUAGCAACGGGAUGUUUUCUGCUGAAGGUGCUGGUGCUGGUAGGAGCGGUCACUGCGCUCCUGCCGGAGGAUCUGGAGGAUCGCGCCAUUCCGGUCAGCCUUCAGCAGGAGUGCGCUUCCAAAUGUCCGGACUUAGACCUCACGCAGAAUCGAACGGACGACCUGAGUUCAGAGGUAGGAUGCGGCGUGAGAUGCAAGAUCGAUCAGUGUACAAAAGGCUGCGAAGCAUGGGAACAAGCGCUCGACACAAGCUGCCAAGCUGUUUGCAAUGGGACGCAAGAAUUGUUACCACCAAAGGAAUUGUACUGCGUUUUGGGCUGCCACGACGCGUUAAAUCGUUACUUUCAACAGCUCAAAGCGGAAAUCGGCAUUCCACCAGCGCCGGCAUUGGUUGCGGAUUCAUUGACGGCGACGUCACUCAGUCUCGAAUGGAAAGGUGUAGACAUAGACAGACGUGCUGGCAUUUCAUACUUGGUGCAAUGGAGAUACGAAGAAUUAGCUGAGACGUGGCAAUAUUGCCGCAAUCAGUCAUGGGGCGAAGGUGAUCAGAUACUGGUCGAGAACCUGCAGCCGUACACAAAAUAUAGGUUUCGCGUAGCGCUACUCCUGAAAUCAUCGCAACACAAUCCAGAGCCGAUCGUCUCAGCACCGAGCGUGGUAAUAUUAACAUACGCGGCCGAUCUACCGACAUCAGCACCGGUAAUUGUAAGAGCGGCGGCGGUAGACAGUUACCGCGUCUCUGUGUCUUGGGAACCAGGCCCAUUCCCGAACGGGCCACUUUUGUCUUAUGUCCUGCGUCUGCAAGGGGUUGAACACGGGUUGAGCCAGCUUAAGGAUAUUCCAGUCUCCGAGAAUACCGAUCACUAUAUGUUUCAAAACCUCGAACCCAAUCAGAAUUAUUCUGUUAGUGUGACUAUGAGAAAUAGUGUCGGCGAGGGUCCGCCUGCAACUAUCUAUAUUUCUACGACUCCAGAACCUACCGUCAAGGAUACUCAACAACCAAUUCUCAUCCUCGGUGGUGAGCAUUUGGUCAUGAAGCAGGGUGCUGAUAUGUUGGAUGAGCCUAGCGUCGUUUACGAAACCAAAAGUGUAAUCCGCGGCGUUGCAAUACACGUGGCAUCAGCUCAAUUAUUCGUUUCUACUUCGAUGGGUUAUGUGUACCGAACUUCGAUCAUCGAGCAAUCCAUACCGAGGGCCAUUUUGAUCCCCGACGGAGUGAACUUCAAACCUUUGAGCCUUUCCGUUGACUGGCUGAAUCUUCACUUGUACGUCUUAGGAGAAGUAAAACACGCUACAACCGCGACGUGGCAAAUAGCCAGAUGCAAUCUCGAUGGCAAGAGUUUGACAGUGGCCGUAGCUGGACUUCUAACUAGACCCUCGCAUAUCGAGAUUGAUCCUUACAACGGAUACCUUUUCUGGGUCACUAAAGCAGGACUGUACAGAUUAGAUUUAGCCGUUAUCAGCAACGGUGUGAAACAUGAGGUUCGACCAGAUUUAAUUCUCGAAGAUGCUCAUUUGGGUGCUUUUACGGUAGACCAUACGAAUUUUCGAUUGCUCGUUCCUGAUCACACUAAAAACACAGUGAUAUCUGUAUCGUUAGAUGGUCGCGAAGUUGUUAAUCUUCGCCCGAAUACGCAGAAACCGAAAUUCAAUAACGUUAUUUCACUAGCUAUGGCAAAUGGACUCUUCUACUGGACUAAUGGCGAAGAGGUCCUCACUGAAGGCUAUCAUGCUGGCCAAAACAGAUACUUCCACAAUUCCUAUCCUGACAAGUCUGACACUUCCUUUGUAAGUGUGACCGUAUUGAUGAAUGCAAGUCAGCCGGUGCCAGUGCCAGUGAAUCCACCGACAGGAGUGCAAGCUGUUCUAGGAGCGGAAAGGGCAAAGGUUUCGUGGCAAGCUCCUCAUUUACUGGGUGGCCAAGGAAAGGGCGCCUGGCAAAACUGGUCAUACGAGCUCGAAAUCAAGGACGAAUCUACUGGCGAAACUAUUCACCAAAAAGGUAUCGCCGGAUCGUCUCAUACUGUUCAUAAUUUGCGAGAAAGAUCGGAAUAUUCAAUCAAAGCCGCGGCCUAUACCAGCGCCGGCAGAGGACCGUGGUCCACGGAGUUUCGAGGACAAACCUUAAGAAACGGUUCACACGCAUCUAUCUUGUGGUCGUCGAACGAAGGAAUUUUGAGAAGCGACGUAACUGGCGAAAAUAUCGACACGUUGGUUAACAAGGCGAGUCUAAAGGAGUCCGAAAACGAAUUCCAUAUUGUUGAUAUUAGCUGGUACAAGGACGUGCUGUAUAUAGUGGGAAAUAAUUCUGCAUUGUAUCGUUAUAAUGUCAGCAAUCAUCAGAAAACAAAACUCAACAUACAUUCGGUGGGAAGCGUCGCUGUGGACUGGAUAUCGAAAAAACUAUAUUGGGCAAAUCCAAAACAGCAAAUUAUAACAAGAGCGAACCUGAAUGGAUCUCAGCAAGAGCCGAUGUCCAUCUUAGCAAUUGUAAAAGAACUCAUGAUUGAUUCUCUCGAGGCGUACUUGUAUUGGUCCACUGGUCACGCAGUGGAAGUUGCGCGAUUGAAUGGGCAAGACAGGAGAUACUAUCACUUGGAUGAAAUUUUCAAUGGAAAGCAAGUAAUGGGAUUAACUCUCGACACUGAAAACAGAUACGUUUACUGGAUCGUUCGAAGCUACGAAAGUGGAUCCAUUGUCUUCCGUGCACCUACAUCCGAAAGAAUUUCAAUGAAUCAAAAAAUCACUCCAGAAAAGGUUUCUGCUUUGCAACAUCCAAACAUGCAAGGACCUUUGUGCUAUUUUUCUGAGCACCUAUUGUGGCUGCAGGACGACAGAAACGCAGUGAUCGGUGAUCUCUCCGGUCAGAAUACCGCGGUAAUCAACGGAAUCACUUUGUCCAGCUUGUACAUGGUAACCAUUACGGAUCCCGCGCAUCAUCAGUAUCCAAAAAAUCUGACGUCAGAAACAGUGGUAGUUCUACCGAACGCAGUUGAUUUCGAUAGCAUAAGAGUUGAAGGUACCUGGAGAAACUUCAACAUAUCAUGGGACCCCGUGAAGAAUAUCAACUACGGCACGGUUUUUUACGAAGUGAAAUUCGCGGAUUACAUUAAUACGAAUUCAAACCCGGAAAUCACGAUCGAAACGACAAUGCCAUACAACAAUUCGGAUCAGAUCCUGCCCUAUUCCGUUCUGGAAGUCACUGUAAAGGCAUUUACUUAUUGGGAAACGGCGCACCAUUCUCGGAAAAUCCUGAGAUCUCCACAGAGUGUACCGAGCCAGCCAACAUCUCCCAGAGCGUUUGUAGAGUUCAGCAAGAAAAACAUACACAUGGACAUGAAAGUUUGGUUGAUAUUUAGAUGGAAUCCGCCCGAGUUUACAAAUGGAGUAAUUCAAGGAUACAUUGUCGAAUGUUGGCAUAUCGUGAACGAAACGGAAGUAUUUAUCUGUAACAACUGCAGCAUCGAAACUACCACGCUGGAGUAUGCGACGUCUAAUGUAACAUCUAACAUGACCUAUUACUGCAAAGUAAGAGCAUAUACUAAGAUCGGUGCUGGUCCUUACACGAAUCCUAUCAAUGUGUCGACCACAUACGAGAAUCCGGUGCCAAAAUUAUUAGUUGCCACAAAUGACGCUGUGAGAUUGUCAGACUUGGAUAGAAAGAUCGAUAAUACAAUCACCAGGCACGUCGCGAAAGAGAUCGAUUACUUGGGAGAGGAGGAUAAGAUUUACUGGAUCAGCGAGAUGCAGGAAUUGGUGACAUCGUUGACAAAUGGAACCAACGUGACAAAAAUACUCCGUCUAAACAGAACCAAUACGCACAGCCUCUGCGUCGAUUGGAUAGCAAGAAAUUUGUAUUGGGUGGAAGGCGAAAACAAAGACAACAACAGAAACAGUUAUAUCAAAAGAUUGGAUUUAACAAUGUUGCAGGCAGGCAUAAUCAAGUACAAAAAUAUCUUAAGAAGAGGAGGAAGUAUUACAGUUUUAGAUAUCUUGCCAUCUCUGGGGUCUUUAUAUUGGAUUGAGCCAAAUGACAGUAUAAUGCAGUCGGAUUUCGAGGGAAAAAAUGUACAAUACUUUUUUGGAAAUAAUGAUAGCACGUGUACUUGUCCGCAAAAACCAAAAAAUGUAUUCACAUUCACAAUUGACAAAACCAAUAUUCAAAUACCGAUGAUGUAUUGGACAUCGGAUGAGAAUCGAUUAAACGUAGCUGAUAUUUACGGCUGCACGUGCGAAAUGAUAUUAAGAGCAAGUUCCAAUAUACAGAUUUUGACGGUCGAUAAAAUAAACAUAUAUUGGUACGAUGGACAAAAUCAAAUCCAUUUUUUGAGAAAGAAAUAUUUCUUCAUGAAGAACAAGGAAAAUGCAUUCAAUCCGGAAGUGAAAAACUUCUACCUACCUAAUGUAAAUCGAAUCACAGCCUUUGGUACAUCCUUGCAACCCUAUCCCAUCAUGAAAUGCCUGAUACCCCGUCAAACAGUUUAUAAUGUUGAGAGGGUGAACGAAACAGCGAAUAGCAUCAUUGUUAGUCUUCCGGAACCGAAUCCUGAAUACAGAUGUCAAAAGUAUAGUUUACCCACUACGCUGUACACUAUCAAUGUGUCUCAUUGUUUGAAGAAUGAAUCCAGUAAGUGUGAGGAGAUCAGUGUGCAGACGUACGAGAGGCGUUACGAGAUUCAGAAUUUAAAGCCAUUCACGGAAUACAAGUUGAAAUUGGCACUGAGCAAUUUAUACGAAAAGACAUUGAAAUUCGGCGAGGAGGUGAUGCUGAAGACCAGCGUGGGCAAGCCCAGCAGGCCCGAGAAUGUUAUGGUUCAGGCCCUAACACCAACGUUGGCGGAGGUCUAUUGGAUGCCACCCAAGAUGCUGAACUCCGCAGUGGUGCACUACGAGGUGCAUUGGAGGUCGAAUGAUCUUUUGCAGAACGGCAUGCGACAGAAGGGCGAGCAGCUAAUCGAGAAGCCCAAACGUACAGCGGAUGGCAGGUUUUUCACAACGCUACAGUCGUUGUUGCCAGGGCAGGAGUACCUGGUGUACGUACGCGUGUAUCCUGUCAAUUUCCACGACUUUUACAACGACAGUCUCAGGCAACGCAUCCGCAUGUACUCGGAGCCAAAUAAUUUAAUAAUGAACGGAGUCAGCGUAAACAGCAUGAACAUAUCUUGGAUCCCGACCGUCAAUCUAACGAUUGGUUACAUAUUGGAGUACCAAGACGUUGCAAUGGAGAAGUGGCAAGUCGUGCAACACGUUGAGGUGUACGAGGACCAAGUGAUGUAUCGUAUAGAACAUUUGCAGCCACGCACUUUAUAUAAGUUUCGCUUGAGACUGAAAUAUCCCAAGUAUCAAGAUUUCAUAUGGGAACCAUCCGAUGGGAGAUUUACAUUUCAAACACUCGGUGACGUCCCGAGCGCUCCAGGGGUGCCUGUGGUAACAAAAUACCGAAAUUCCGUGUAUCAAUUAAAUUGGGAACCCGCGCAAGCUCAUGGCUCACAGGUAACUUUGUAUCGAUUGGAAGGCUUGGUCAUCGACGACAGUUACAAGCAAGAUGACGGGAGUAAAGAGAACGAGCACUGGGAUUUAUAUUAUAAUGGAACGGACAAUUAUUGGAUAAUCCCCGGAGACGUGGAUCAGAAGUACAAGUUUCGCGUGCAAGCCAAAAAUGCUUAUGGUUUUGGCGCUUGGAGUAAAUCGAGCGCGAUUAUUGAUCUAACAGAGUUUGCUGGAGGAAUAUUGGCUACGCAACAGCAUCUACCGCUGAUGCUGAGCCUCAUCGCGAUUGUUAUUACCAUAAUGUUCGUGUGCUUUUGUUAUUUUUUCUGCCCAGUGUACCGACAACGGAAAGAAGACAAAAAGACAGUUUUACCUCCAAUAGUGUCCGAUGUCGAAUUAGCGACCCUCCGCGAGAUCCCUCGCGGAAACUUCGUUCAAUCUAACGCGCUUUACGCGUCUACGUUACAAAAUGAUCCGGAUGAUUCUGCACUGCCCAAAAUCAGACAAGAGCAAAUCACGUUGGCAAAGUUCCUAGGCAGUGGCGCAUUCGGAAAGGUAUUUCAAGGAAAUGCCAAGGAUUUAGAAGGACCGGGCAUAACGCCCGUUGCCAUAAAGAUGCUACGAAAAGACGCCUCUUCGCAAGAGAAGACAGAAUUUUUGCAAGAGGCAAGGCUCAUGAGCCAUUUUCGCCAUAAACACGUGCUGAGGUUACUGGGCGUCUGCUUGGAUACAGAUCCUCCGUUACUCGUGUUGGAAUUAAUGGAGGCUGGUGACUUGUUAAGUUAUUUAAGAGAGAGCCGGUCCUUGCAACUCACGGACCCGCACGCUCUGCGUCUGCAAGAUCUGCUGGCCAUGUGCGAAGACGUCGCACGUGGCUGUCGCUACCUGGAGGAGUUGCAUUUCGUGCACAGAGAUCUCGCGUGUCGAAAUUGUCUGGUGUCUGCGAGAGAUCGAGAAAAUCGCGUCGUGAAAAUCGGUGACUUCGGACUAGCCAGAGAUAUUUACAAGAAUGACUAUUACCGCAAGGAAGGAGAAGGUUUGCUUCCUGUUCGCUGGAUGGCUCCGGAAUCCUUAGUGGACGGGGUAUUCACUUCACAGAGUGAUGUUUGGGCAUUCGGGGUGCUAAUGUGGGAAAUUACGUCAUUGGGGCAACAACCCUAUCCUGCCAGGAACAAUCUGGAAGUGUUACAUUACGUGCGUGCAGGCGGUAGGCUGCCGAAACCUCUCAACUGUCCUCCGACAUUACACCAGCUGAUGCUGCGUUGCUGGAGCGCAGCGGACGCCAGACCGAGCUUCAAAAUUUGUCUCGAGAGCAUCGUCGUUUUGAGAAGUCACAUAGAAGACGCGGUGCUGAGCCCAGUGCAUGCUGGGCAUUAUCUGGCACGCAGAGGCGUGUCUAACAUGGCUUACUUUGCUGACGAGAAUCAGAAUCAUAAUAAUUCAGGCAACUCGUGGAAAUCCAGUAGUUCCGAAGGAAGCCGAGACAUGCAACCUUUCUUGCAAAACUCAAACAACGCUACGCUCAAUCCGCAAUCCGGUGAGGCUCCGAAGUAUUUAGAAUUAUUAGCGGAUAACGAGGAUAUCGUCUUAAGGGAGAAUCCUACGAAUGGUUACGAAGUACCCCGCUCAAUCCACAUCUCGGAUCAGAAUCUAGCAAAUAUAAGCAGGAUUAGUAGUACGAGUCACAAUCGUAAGAGCAGUCUGCCUACGGAGACUACAGAAGAGCAGAAGGAACGUUCGACGGAAGAACAAAAGCAGUCUGACAGAAAGUUGUACAAAAGAUCAUCGAUCACUAGUCUAAACUUACCGGAUCGAAAAGGCACGUCGGUUUCAGGAAUGCUGGAUAAAUGCAAUACCUUGGAUAGCUCGAAAUCGGUGAACUCGAUCGCGAAAGCGACGCUGAAAAGGGACUCCUUCUCGUCCUUGAACGGUCAGCGAAAGUAUAAGACCAGCUUGGGUGAGCGAAGGGACUCCGAGGCAAGCAUUGAGGGUAGAAGUUGUAGCUCGCAUAGCCUGGCGCCUUCCACACGUCCUAGUUCGUCCCUGAUCAAUUCGCAGACGGUCCUGUCGUCCCUGAAGAACAACGCCAUCGUCUCAAAUGCCGUGAAUGGGGAAGUGCCUUCGGGCGAGAGCGUCGUGACGAAGAGUAUGUUGCCGAAGGUCCAGAGGACUCACUCGAACUUGCAGAAUGGCAAGGCGAAUAUACCGCUCGUGAUAAACAGCACGUUGCUGAAUUUACUGCGGCAGACGCCCGUCGUCGAGGACGGUAGCAACAUCGUCACGUACACAAAUAUAAACGUGGACGCAGUCAGAGUGAAUGGAUCGUGAGUCGCCGACCAUGGCAAAUCUAAAGAUUUAUGCAAACAUUUCGUAUAAAUAAGCGAGAUUCGUACGAAUCGCUUCUGAGCUUGAAUGAUGUAAAUCGAGGCAAUUAAAUAUUCCAAUAUUUAUAAAGUAUGACAAUAGAUUCUGCACACAUCUACUCAUACUAUUUUUAAAGCAAGAUUUUUUUUAUGUGAUUACUCCAUAGUAGACCUAUUUUUCUCCAGAAACUAUCCAGAUAGAUUUGCCUUGUAGCUAUGAAAAAUUACUCGAGACAGUCGCUACGAUUUUGCUCAAAUUUUUUUGUUUCUUUUCUUUUUUUAUCCGAACGCGGUGCCUUAAAUAUAUCAAACUACAUACGCUCAUACAUUAAGCUCUGCUCUCUUAUACCAUUAAUGCCCAAGUAUUUCAUAUGUAAAGAUAAAAGAUAGAAGGAGCGGAGUUGACAAUAGCUUUAAACUGCCAUUUUAAUGUACAUACAUAAACUUUUAUACUCAAAAAUUUGUCGCGUAGAUAUGGCAGAUCGUUUUGGAACGUAAAAAUUUUCCAGCUUUAGUAAUAAUCGCGAAACUGUUAUUUAAUA